AUGUCGCUUCCCACCCGCCGCCAAGUCUGGAUCCUCGCCAACCCGCCCUCUGGCCCGAUCCAGCCAGACACCUUCCGCCUUGAAGAAGCUGCACUCCCAGAGGUCAAGGACGGCGAGGUCCUGAUCCAGGUCGACUACCUCUCCAAUGACCCCGCUCAGCGUGGUAUGAUCCAAGCUGGUGCCGACCCCAAGCGCGCCUACCGUCCACCCCUCACUGCCGGUCAGCCGAUGGGCGGCACCGCCGUGGGCAAGGUGCUCGCCUCCAAGUCUCAAAAGUACGCCGCUGGCGACGUUGUGACGGGCCGCUUUGGCUGGACCGACUAUGACGUUAUUCCCGACUCGCAGAUUGACGGCCGCGCAGUCUCCCUGGCAAGCCGUAUGCGUCGCUCUCCCCCCCUGGGCAUGACGAGCGUCACCGCAUACCAAGGCAUCUUUGACAUUCUCAACGUCAAGCCCGAGCAUGUCGUUGUCAUCAGUGGAGCUGCUGGUGCGGUCGGGUCCGUCGCAGUGCAACUCGCCAAGAAGGUGGUUGGCGCCAAGCGCGUCGUCGGCAUCGCUGGCGGCAAGGAAAAGUGCGACUGGGUCGUUUCGCUUGGUGCCGACGCGUGUGUCGACUACAAGAGUCCCACCUUUGGCGCAGACCUCAAGACCGCUCUCCAGGAUGAUGACGUUGACCGCUACUUUGACAACGUCGGUGGUGUCGUAUUUGACACGCUCCUCACCGUCAUGAGGACAAAGAGCAAGAUUGGAGUCUGUGGCCAGAUCUCGUCCUACAACGGCGUCGUGACACCCUUCCCGCGUUUCGGCGAGGUCAUUAAGAACCGUCUUACCAUUGAGGGCUUCCUCGUGCUCGACUUUCUCAAGGAGUGGCCGGCCGCCGUCGCCGACCUUGCCAAGUGGGUCAAAGAGGGCAAGCUCAGCACAACCGAGUCGGAAACGGUCGUCGACGCGUCGCUGGCCGAUGUUCCCGAAGUUUGGCAGAGGCUCUUCAAGGGCGAGAACCGUGGAAAGCUCGUUACAAAGAUUGCCCACUGA